AUGUCUGUGAUAAUUAAAUUAAUUAAAUGCCUAUUUACAGGGAAAAAAGGAGCAAAAACUGAAGCCCGUCCAGGAAAAAAGGGAGCAAAAACUGAAGCCCUUUCAGACGUACCACCGGUGUAUGAACCUGAUAUUCCUGAACCCACGACCAGAGAGGAGCUGAUGAAAUACUGGAUCCCUAUCUCUUUGGAUGAAAAAACGGCUCAGAAGUUGCUCUGGCUCUCUGAGGGUGGGACUAAAGUGACCCGGGCGUCCGAGCAUAGCUGUCCUGUAUUUAACCGACCCGAAAGAUACGACGUCACUCCUCAGGUAUUAUGUAAGGAGGGUCUUCUGGGUUGCCGUGGUUACUGGGAGGUGGACUACGAAGGCUGGGCGGUGAUCGGGGUGGUGUACGCCAGCAUCGGGCGCAAAACUGAACACGGAGCAUGUGCCCUGGGGGAGAACGAUGCGUCAUGGGCCGUGGGCUGGGGCGGACGAAAUUAUCAAGCCUGGCACGAUGAAGAGAGCGUGGAGAUCCACUGUGACCAAGGCAAAACCAUUGGUGUCUACGUGGACCAACCGGCCGGCAUUUUGGCCUUCUACCUUGUGGAAGGAGAGCCAAAAAAGGUUAAGCUCCUGCACCGCUACAAAACCUCCUUCAAGGAAAAGCUCCUGCCCGCAUUCUGGAUGGGCAAUAAAUCGUUAUGCUGGAUCUGUAAGAAAGAGUAGCACAAAGGAGAAAGAGGAAGUUGACCACGAUGACGAGGUGUGAUUUUGUUGCGGAACAAAGUGUCAGUAAGCACUGUUGAGUAAAAUACAAUAACAAAGUUAGGAACUUACUGUACCUCCUCCUGUGUGUGUGUCACAUGUUCUAAAGAAUUGCCUGCUUCUAUGAUUAAAAUAAAGUGUUACCAAGUUUUCUGA